GCUGCAUGAGGAGUGGUGAAAGGGGAGGGGCUGCUCUUAGCUGAGCUGCUGCUAGCUAUGGAUAUGGAUGCUGCCAGUCCUGAGAGUUGCUUGGCCGUUGGUCUGAUGUCAGGCACCAGUCUAGACGGUGUGGAUGCUUGUGUGGUGGAGAUCACUGAACCAACAGAGCCAGGGAACCCUCCAAAUAUUUCUGCAGACUACGUAUGGUUGGUUUCUUCACUCGUCCCUACCCUGAGGGCCUCAGAGGUGACCUCACAGCAUUGUGUGUGUCAGGUACCGUGACUGAGCUGUGCCGAUACAACGCUCUAUUGGGGAGGGUGUUUGCUGACGCUGCACAAGAGGUCGUAUCUGGGUGUGGCUUGAGUAUGGACCAGAUAUCAGUCAUCGGCAGUCAUGGACAGACGGUCCAUCAUCUGCCUUCACCCACCCUCCUUCACGGCUACACGAUAUCAUCCACCUUACAGAUUGGUGACUCGUCCAUCAUUGCAAACCAUUGCAGAGUGACGACUGUGGGAGACUUCAGAGGUGCAGACAUGGCCGUGGGGGGACAGGGGGCUCCGUUGGUACCGUAUCUGGAUGAGAUUAUCCUCCGGAGCCGUCUUGAGGAGACAGGACGAGUUGGUCUGCUACUAAAUAUCGGAGGAAUCAGUAACAUCUCUGCUCUCACCACACACAGAGGUAAUGAUGAGAGAGAUGUCACACUGUUGGGGUUCGACUGUGGACCAGGUAAUGUGCUCAUUGACACUCUAAUGAAGAAAUGGUUUGACUGUGAUUUUGACAGAGAUGGAGAAAUGGCUCUCACUGGCAAGACCUCCAUUGAGCUUCUUGACUAUUUGAUGAAGGACGAGUUUAUAUUCAGACAACCACCAAAAUCAACUGGAAGAGAGUAUUAUGGAGAGGCAUAUUUGGAUAGUCCUCUGACUAAAAUGGACAAGCUGCACAUUGCUAGGAAGGAUGUCAUAGCAACUUUAUCAGAAUUCACGGCUGCUGUAGUGUGGAAGAACUAUCAGCUGUUCAUUGAGCCACACUUCCAGAGAGGGGCAGCUGGGUAUGACCUGUAUGUCAGUGGUGGGGGAGCCAAGAAUGCGGCCAUAAUGAGAGCUUUGGAAAGACGUUUUGAAGGGUUUAAAGUGAGUACAACGAAAGAGAUUGGAAUUGAUCCAGAUGCAAAGGAGGCUCUGUGCUUUGCUUUGCUGGGCUACCAGACGUGGAGAGGACGACCAACCAAUGUACCCAGUGUGACUGGGGCGAGGGAACAAGUCAUUCUGGGUAAAGUGUGUCCAGUCGUCAGAACAAACUAAUGAUUACACAGAAUAUUCUUUGUGCUCUUAAUUUAUAUUAAUUAAUCAACAAUUCAAUUAACAAUAAUUAAUUUUUUGUGCUCAAAAUUCAAGAGUGCUAGUAUUCAAAACAUAAAAUAAU